GCCAUUCCCCCUUUUCUGUUGGGUCCAAUUUUUCUUUUGCAGAUGACUAAAAUAAACUGGACUCUCAGUUGUAAUAAUCUUUUAAGGUGUUUUUCUAAGAAGUAAACAGUUUAGGAAGGGCAAGGACAGAAGCAGAAACGUGUUGGGUGUUCUGAUGAGAUCUGAGGCAUUAACUGUGUCUUUGCUGCGAAACUUUAGCCAAUUUGCUGUGCUACUGUAGAUGGUGAGGAUUGUUAAGUAGUAACAGUAGACCAGGGCUCCACUUGCAUAUUUCCCCUCUAAUUCUCCAUUUUAGAAUGAAAACGCCAUUUUCAAAGGGGAGGCACCAAGCAAGGAAAACAUUAUUUGAGUAAGUUUCUGGCAUAAUUUAGGUAUUUGGGAAUAGCUCAGUUGGAUUGUAUUUAAUGGGGACGCUUGGUGGUGGUGAGCAAUGCCUUGGAUUUCACAGAUCUAAAUUGAAGUCCAGUCUCUGCUACAGCUUGUGUUUUAGCAAGUCAACUCGAGCUUCUUUACAGGAUAGGAUUAAUCACUUCUUCUGUGCAUCGUAUGUACUUCUGCAUAGGUCCGUCUCAUAGGUGUUUGGAUGCUUUUCCUUUCUUGUUCAAGGUCACAGCACCUUCGUGCGGUGCUCUCUGGGAGUCUGAAGCGUCUCGCCCUCAUCACACCUGGCGUCUUCUCUGGGGACACAAAUCACUGAUUCGAUCCCACACUUGCAAUGUCGUCACAGCGAAUGGGUGAAAACUGCCACAAUUUACGGCAGCCCCACGCUCUGAAGAGCCCUUGGAGGGCUUACCAUUCAAGCGGAGGGAGGCAAGUCUGGGACCUCUUCUCCUCGUCCCAUCUUCGCCGGCCUUUUCUGGUACCAAAUAUUUGAGCGGUGUCGGGGUACAGCGGCGGGUCUGAAGGUAAAGGAGAGCUUUUUCCUUGUAGGAACACAAAUUUUCGACUCUGGCUGUGUUUCCGGAGGCAUUCCCAUCGGACCGAGGAAAGGACCGACUUCCACCUCUGACUUCCUGUCUUCCGAGUUUCGAGCCGAGCGGCUUCCGCCCGGAGUUGCUCUAGGCCCCGGCUGCGAGCAGCCACUUCCGCCAGGAGUCCCUGGUGGCUGGGGCUUAGAAACUGGCCCUAACGCGGCCUUCUCUUUCUCCCCUCAGCCCGUCCACCCGGGUCUCCAGGUGGCGGCGGCGGCGGCUGCUUGGCCUGCCGCAGGGUGUUGUCUCUGCCUGUGAGGACCGGGAGGUGCGGGAAAGACACCCCAGCCGGGCCGAGCCCCGAUCUUCCUGCACCCAGUGACAGUGGCCACAGGCCUCGCCUAGUCCACCCCAGCCUGGGGCGGGGCCCGGCCUCCCCGCCCCGGACCCCGCCCCUCCGGUCGGCCCCGCGCCGGGUCAUUCUCUUCUUCAGCCCUGCGGCGGGGUAACCGCCAUCCACCUCCUGGACGCAGCAGUCCCCUGGCUCUCCGGCUGCUGGGGAACAUGGAGUUUGCGGAGCUGAUUAAGACCCCACGGGUGGACAAUGUGGUGCUGCACCGGCCUUUCUAUCCAGCCGUUGAGGGGACCUUGUGCCUGACUGGCCACCACCUGAUCCUGUCCUCCCGGCAGGACAACACGGAGGAGUUGUGGCUUCUCCAUUCAAACAUCGACGCCAUUGACAAGCGAUUUGUGGGACCACUGGGUACCAUCAUCAUAAAAUGUAAAGAUUUUCGAAUAAUUCAGUUGGAUAUUCCUGGAAUGGAGGAAUGUUUGAAUAUAGCCAGUUCCAUUGAGGCACUGUCUACCCUGGACUCCAUCACUCUGAUGUACCCUUUCUUUUACCGGCCCAUGUUUGAAGUGAUAGAAGAUGGCUGGCAUUCUUUCCUCCCUGAGCAAGAGUUUGAACUCUACUCUUCAGCUACCAGUGAAUGGAGGCUAAGCUAUGUCAAUAAGGAAUUUGCGAUCUGCCCUUCUUACCCGCCAAUUGUCAUAGUGCCCAAGUCCAUCGAUGAUGAAGCUCUUCGUAAGGUAGCUACAUUUCGACAUGGAGGACGCUUCCCAGUACUUAGCUAUUAUCAUAAAAAAAACGGAAUGGUAAUUAUGCGAAGUGGUCAGCCACUGACCGGUACAAAUGGGAGACGGUGCAAAGAAGAUGAGAAGCUGAUAAAUGCUACCCUCAGGGCAGGAAAGCGUGGCUAUAUCAUUGAUACCCGAUCUCUCAAUGUGGCUCAGCAAGCUCGAGCCAAAGGAGGGGGCUUUGAACAAGAAGCACAUUAUCCUCAGUGGAGGCGGAUUCAUAAGUCCAUUGAGAGGUAUCACAUUCUUCAGGAGAGCUUAAUCAAACUUGUGGAAGCUUGUAAUGACCAAACACAUAACAUGGACCGAUGGCUCAGUAAAUUGGAGGCCUCAAACUGGCUGACUCACAUCAAAGAGAUUCUGACAACUGCCUGUCUAGCGGCUCAGUGUAUCGACAGGGAAGGAGCGUCCAUAUUGAUUCAUGGCACAGAAGGAACUGAUUCCACACUUCAGGUCACCUCCCUGGCCCAGAUCAUCUUGGAACCAAGAAGCAGGACCAUCCGUGGUUUUGAGGCUCUGAUAGAAAGAGAGUGGCUACAGGCUGGUCACCCGUUCCAACAGCGCUGUGCACAGUCAGCCUAUUGUAAUAGUAAGCAGAAGUGGGAGUCACCUGUAUUUCUUCUCUUCUUGGACUGUGUGUGGCAGAUUCUUCGACAGUUCCCUUGUUCUUUUGAAUUUAAUGAGAAUUUCCUCAUCAUGCUCUUUGAGCACUCCUAUGCCUCACAAUUUGGAACAUUUCUGGGCAACAAUGAAAGUGAAAGAUGUAAGUUGAAGCUGCAGCAGAAAACUAUGUCUCUGUGGUCUUGGGUUAAUAGGCCCAGUGAACUGAGUAAAUUCACCAAUCCUCUCUUUGAAGCCAACAAUCUUGUCAUCUGGCCUUCAGUUGCUCCACAGAGUCUUCAGCUCUGGGAAGGUAUUUUCCUACGCUGGAACAGAUCCUCCAAGUAUUUGGAUGAAGCGUAUGAAGAAAUGGUUAACAUCAUUGACUAUAAUAAGGAAUUACAAGCAAAAGUAAAUAUCCUUAGGAGGCAGUUGGCAGAACUGGAAACUGAGGAUGGGAUACAGGAGAGUCCCUGAAAGAUGUCCUCACUCCCUCCAUACGCACCCGUAGCCCACUUCUCUCUCCUUUUGCCCUUCAGCUCACUUUUACUUAAUAGCCUUGAACUUAAGGCUUUAGAUGUGAGAACCCUCCAAUGUAAUGGAUUUCUCAAUAAUUUAUGAACGAAACUUACCAUCAUUACUCAAUGUUUCAUGUGGCCUAUUGGGCCUCCUCACUUUGGGAACAGGAAGGAGGUGCUAGUCAUUUUAUUUUGUGUGAAUCAGGUGACCCAUGUCAUGCCAUUUUGUGUUAUACACCGUUUUAUCAUAAGCUUUCCUCUGUGUCUACUUUCCAGACAGUGCUCCAGACCAGUCAAAGAUAUGAUUAAUCUCUUUAGGAAAUAUUUGUCAGUUUCAAAAAGGAUCAGACGUUUAAACACUUGGAAUAUAGAAACAUUUUUCAAAACUGAAAUGGUGGAGAAACCAAGAAUUUUAUGUUUAACGUGCCAUUUCCGAUACAUUUGCCAUUCUCUUUCAAAUAGUUUUGGACUAACAAAGCUGAAUUCAUUCUCAUCCUCGUUUGUCAAGAAAGGAAAUUCUGAAUAUUUAUUAAAGGUAAAUCAUUUUACAAGGGCAAGAGGUAUAGUCGUCUGAUAUUUACAUUAAGAAGUAAAUUUAACAGUAGACACUAAAAGUAUGUGCAAUAUAGAAAUAAAGUAGGAAUUUGUUACUGAUAUGGUAUUGUUACUAUUGAAUUGGUUUUUCAGGUUUUGACCAUACAUAUUAAAUGUAUAUCAAAUGCCGGAUGUAACAUUAAACCAUCAUUUAUAAUAGAUGUUAAUUUGCUAUAAUUAAGCUACAAAUAUGGUUUUCUUAAACCAGAGAUGCACUGCCCUUGUCCGAAGUUCGUAUUGCACUGGUU